AUGGCUCAAUUUGCACCCAAGACCAAACCUACCAAGCCGAAAUCAAGGUCAAGCAUCAAGGAGACAGCAAAAUCAAGGUCAACCAUCAAGGAGACCACACCUACAGGACAUGAGCAGGAAACAGAAUAUAUCAUCCCCGGCCGCUUAAGUCAACACCAGUGGAAUGCUAUGUUGAUCCAGGAGGACGCAGACGAAAUAGUAGGGGAGGUUAUGGACAAACUGCUUGGCAAUGUCAUGGACCGGUGUUAUCAAGUAUACAUUGAAAGACAGCUUGUACCUUAUUCUGCAUCUUGGGCUGGGAAAUACCUCACGCAGAAUGUGGAACAAUUGUUUUGCCUGAAUGCAGAGGAGAGGCCAGAGGAAUUAACUAAGACAGAAGACUCCGAGCCAAUGGCUGCGACUCCAGACUCUGGGGCUCAGGGGUGUUUUCCUGUUGUACAAGCUUCAAAUCAACCUCAGUGUACCUCACAGCAAGAGUUUGAUGAGGACCAAGUUCCAGUACAAAUAGAGCCAAGUGUCAAAAAGGAAUCCCCGGUAAAACAAGUUGAAAAAGAAAGAAGGCCAAAUACGCCUUUCAGUGGCCCAGCCUGUGUUGUGCCUUGUCCUCAUCCACCUGCAAAAACGAACAGAAAGGAAGAACAAGGAAACAAGCGACCACCCAAGAAAGUUCCUGUCAAAGUACAGCCAUCCCUGUCCAGCUCGGUUACAAAGAAUAACGAAGAGGUAAAGAGUAACAGCACAGACGAUACUGCUUUUAAAGAUAAAGCUACAUCAGUGUAUCUUGAGAACUCUCGGCCUAUACCAAAGCUGGAUCCUUCUCGGUUGCCUCAACGCUACAUUUUCCCAGAGUAUGAGAUUGUGGAUCCCAUAAAACCCACCCCCAAAAGACAUGGUGGCCUACCUAGACUCGAGCCAAAAUCAGACAAGUCGCUGAAGCCUCCGGUCAGCUCCAAGGAUCAACCAAAAAUGCUUCAAAAGAGAAGUGAGAACAAUGUCUGUUUGUCUGAAGAUGAAAAGGAACGCGAGGCAUCUGGAUCUCUGAGGUCGGACAUGAAGGUUCUGGCCAAGAGCGUUUCUCUCCUGGACUCACGAGCUGUUAAAGGCAGCCCUGUAAAAUUGGUCUAUCCUUCAGAAUCUACCAAGAUGAUGCCGAUUCGAAGCGAUGUUUCUGUUCCGAUGUUUUCAGUAGACCAAGUGACAGCAGGUCCACCACCUCGGGUCACUCCACUGAUUCAGACUGUGGCAGAUAGUGAAGAUGCAAGCUCCUGUUUUAGACAUGAAUGAGCUACAAGUGAACGAGUAAGGAAAGAUUACUCAAAUACAAAAAUGUAGUUUGCUUGAUCAAAUUUAAAAGUUUGUUUUGAAACAUUGUCAUCUCAGUUCAUUCUUCAUUUAGUAAAAAAAUUAAAACAGAAAAUUCACUAAAAUGUACUUGGUCUUAUAAUCUAGUUUGUAAAAGUUUUUGUUUUGUACCUGCUUAUAAACUAAAUAAUAAACAGUAUCAUUUAA